AUGCAAUUCUCUGACAAUGCCGCUUCCAAAUCACAUGGUUUGCUGAAACGAAACGGGUUCUCUGGUUUGGCUAUGGAACCACAAGGGUCUAGGAAACUGGUUCCCAUAUUGCCUGCCCAACAGAUUCCAGACCCGAUACGACAAGAUGGUGCCGCGAAUUCGGAGUCUUCUAGCACAGGUCAAAGCCAAAGCCAAAGCCAAUCCCAAGGUCAAGGUGGUCAAGGCCAGAGGACGAGGGCCAAAAGGAAUCUAGUCGCAGUGGCCUGCGAGGGAUGCCGGCGGAAGAAGGCCAAGUUCUUUGAAAAGUGUGAUGGUAGAAGACCGACCUGUGGCCGAUGCUCCUCCAAAAUGGAGAGCUGCUUGUACGAGUCCCCGCCACUCCCCUUUGCCGUCAAAAAGAAGUGCGACACCUUGAUGCUCGAGAACCAACAAUACCGAGAGUUAUUCAACGCCAUCCACGAAAGACCAGAUUGCGAGGCCCAAGAGAUCUUCAAUCGUAUCAGAGCAUCGAAUGAGCCCCUUAGUGUUCUCGAAGCUAUAAAACAAGCCGAGGUGCUCCUGCCAGGCCCUGCCAGCAGCUACAGUAACGGGACACCGCAGGGAAGCGUCCCGAGCCUAAAUCACGCGAGUUCUAGUCGGACUCAAGACAGUGACCGUUCGUGA